AUGACUGAAACUCUGGACAGGGUCAAAACGAGAUCUUAUUCUAGAAUCUUUUGGUUAUUGAGAUUUAGAUUUUCAAAAAUUAUUUUCUUUUUUUUUCAGUGUUUUCUGACCUGGUUUACUAAUUUUUCAAGUUUUUCCCCAGUUUUUCCACAAAAAUAUUUUUAUUUUUUAUAUUUAUUAAGACAAUUUUCCUUUUCAAAAAAUUUAUAUUCAUUUAUUUAUUGGUUGUUGUUCUUUGGCCAAAUCCAAUUUUCUUUUUUUUUUUUAUUUUUUUGCUCUACUUGA